GUCGCUGCGACACAUCAGACCUUCGCAGACCGAUGCCCAGGAGAGCCCAGGCCACAGGGACAGGUCCUUGAUACCUCGAGUCAGCAAAGCCAACUCACACAGGAGUUUACAAUGUCAAGCAAUAUUUCAGAAUGCCAUAUCUAUGAAGACAUGGAACCUUUUACCUAUUUUUACUACUUGAUUUUUCUUAUGGGAAUUAUUGGAAGCUUUUUUGCACUGUGGGCAUUCACACAGAAGCAUCAGAAACACAAGCCUAUGAGCAUCUACUUAAUCAACCUCCUCACUGCAGAUUUCCUGUUAACUUUGACUUUGCCAAUGAAGAUUAUUGUUGACCUAGGAAUUGCAUCCUGGAAUCUGAGAAUAUUCCACUGCCAAGUUACAGCCUGUUUCAUCUAUCUGAACAUGUAUUUAUCAAUCAUAUUUUUGGGAUUUGUGAGCAUGGAUCGCUGCCUGCAGCUGAUGCACAGCUCUAAGAUCUACCGCAUCCAGGAGCCGGGGUUUGCCAAGACGCUGUCCGUGGUCGUGUGGCUCAUGAUUCUCCUCAUAACCGUGCCUAACAUGGCUAUUCCCAUACAACACAUCGAGGAAAGACCCGGCGCAGGAUGCAUCGACUUCAAAACGAAGUUUGGGAGAGACUGGCACGUGUUCACUAAUUUCAUAUGCACAGCGAUAUUCCUGAAUUUCUCAGCCGUGAUCCUGAUCUCCAAUUUCCUCGUCGUCAGACAACUGUACCGCCACAAGUACAGCGAGAGCUACGGCAGCGUGAGGAAGGCACUGACCCACAUCCUGCUGGUGACGGCCGGGUACCUGCUCUGCUUCGUGCCCUACCACGCCGUGCGCAUCCCCUACACGCUGAGCCAGAGGGACACCACGGCCAGCUGCCCCCUCAGGCGGGCCCUCUUCAAAGCCAAGGAGUCCACCCUGCUGUUUGCAGUCUCAAACCUCUGCUUUGACCCCAUUCUCUAUUACCACCUUUCCAAAUCCUUCCGGCUGAAGUUCACAGAGGCGUUUGCAGCCCCCAAGCAAACAAAGGCGCUCACAGACGUGGAGCUGCAGCACAGCAGUGAACAGCAGGUACACCUCCCCAGCUCUCAAACACGGGCACAGAGUGAGCCCACCUGCAGCAGUGAACAGCAGGUACACCUUCCCAGCUCUCAAACACGGGCACAGAGUGAGCCCACCUGCAGCAGUGAACAGCAGGUACACCUCCCCAGCUCUCAAACACGGGCACAGAGUGAGCCCACCUGCAGCAGUGACAGCUGUUGGGUGACUGUGCGCGCAGACACCGCGGGUAACGACGCUCCUGACGAUUCGUGAGCCCGAGCAGAAGGAAAAUACUUGAUCAAUAAAUGCCCAUGGCUGUGUUCCACACUCACACAGGGGGUCUGAGCUCACAGAGCCUUCAGCGAUGCCUUCCACUCUGCUCAGUGAGCAGUGGUGACCCACCAGGGAUCAGCAACGUGUAACAAUACGUGUUCAGACUCAAACAUACUUCAGAAUUAUUUAUGGCAAACACCUGAACUCACCUUUUCUAAGUUAAAUAUUGUGUAUUUACUAUAUUAAAUGACUUGGUGCAAUAAAGUGAAGAAAUUACUGAACGGAAGUUCUUCAGCUGCAAAGUUUUUUUCACACACAUGAUUAACCCAAAAGCAUUUCAGAGGGCAUUAUUUACUCCAGACAGGGAUUUUAAA